AUGGAUGUGAACUCCGUCGAAAUUUCGAUACCGGCGGACUCGACGGUAGAACAACUAGUGCAGGAAGUGACAAACGAAAUGCACAGAAAUGGGAUGCUUCUCCAGUUCACCGAAAUCCCACAACAGUUUGACAAGAUCACUGUAAGGGACUUUUUGAGUCGUGGGCUUUCCUUUGUCAUCAACGAAACAAUCGAAGGAAAAGCCCAGAAAAACAUUUCUCCGUUUCCUCAAAAAUUAGGAGAAAAGGUUGAAAAAGAAGACAAAGACGAUGUUGUCAUUUUUCAAACAGCACAAACCGAUGCACAAGAAGAAGGUUCAGAAGAUUACGGAUUCACAGGAACACCAGAGGUCUGGAAGCCCCAACAUACCAUUCAAAGCGAUUCAAAAGCACCAAAACCUCCAGUACUCGUUGCUGGAUCAGAAAAACCAAAGGAGGUAUUCACGUGUCAUAGUUGUAAAAUAAAGAAAGCAAUUGCAUUUCAAGUGCCCAGUCAACAAGCAGCAUAA